ACUUGGAAACGUCAAAAAGCACUUGGAAGCAGGUUUGAAGCUCAAAAAACAUGAUUUUAUGACAAUUUUUAGUAUAUUUUUGGUGAAAAACAUCACAGAAAAGCUUUAAAACUUUAAAAUGGAUAAGCCUCAGAUAAUUUCUCACGCGCAGAAGUCGUUAAAUUAUACAGUAUUUGACGCGAAGUGGAUUCCUUCGAGCGCGAGGUUUGUUGUUCUAGGGAAUCAUGCCAGGGGUACUGGAGCAAUGCAGAUCUAUGAGGUGUCUCAUGGUGAUAUCAAGCUCUUGAAAGACGUUGAGAAGAAAACGGCUUUUAAAUGUGGAACAUUUGGUGCUUCAAGCCUGCAACAGCGAUAUCUUGCAACAGGAGAUUUUGAGGGCAAGAUGAUGAUAUGGGAUCUUGAAAACACUGAUAGACCUAUCUAUUCAGUCAAGGCGCAUUCGCAAAUCAUUAAUGCUAUUGAUGGCGUUGGAGGUCUGGGGAUAGGUGAAGGUGCUCCUGAAAUCGUCACAGGAAGUAGAGAUGGUUCUGUUUGUGUGUGGGAUCCUCGUCAAAAAGAAAAGCCAGUUGCACAGAUGUCACCAGCUGAGGGCCAGGAAGGAAGAGAUUGCUGGGCUGUUGCAUUUGGUAAUGCAUAUAAUGCAUCAGAGUGUAUGAUAGCUGCUGGAUACGACAAUGGGGAUGUGAAGUUAUUUGACCUGAAGAAAAUGGCUGUCCAAUGGGAAACGAAUAUCAAGAAUGGGGUCUGUGGUCUUGAGUUUGAUCGAAAGGAUAUACUGAUGAACAAACUAGUAGUAACGACAUUGGAAUCAAAGUUCCAUGUGUAUGACCUGAGGACCCAGCACCCUGACAAAGGAUUUGCUUCAUUAAGUGAAAAGGCUCACAAGUCUACAGUCUGGUGUGCUCGACAUCUUCCUCAAAACAGAGAUGUUUUUAUGACGUGUGGAGGAAGUGGAACCCUAAAUCUAUGGAAAUAUUCAUACCCAGCAAAGAGAGUUGAAAAAGAUGGAAAUGAAUUGGAUAUGGGUGUGGCAGGAUCUGUAAUGCUCCUUCAGAAUGCUACACUCUCUCAACAGCCAAUCAGUUCUUUUGACUGGAGUCCAGAUAAAGCUGGACUGUGCUUGUGUACAUCAUUUGACCAAAGUGUUCGAGUUAUUGUUGUAACCAAAAUGAACAAAGUUUGAUGUCACCCUUCUCUUUCUUGUUAUACUAUUCAUUUUCUGUGCAAUCAAAGAAGCCUUGACUUCU